AAAAUUCUGAUGUGGCAAUGAACUUUAACACUUAGAGAUCUCGAACAAUAAACUAGAAAUGUUAACUGGUGAGUUACUCACAGCUCAUAUUGGUCCUAUCCUGAAAGGUUCUGAAUAUCUCCUACAAAGAGUUAAUCAUCCUCAACUCCCACUGACUUCAGUGAGAGUUAAGGGAGCUCAGCACCUCACAGGAUCAGGCCCCUUAAUAGUAGUCGUUAUUUCCAAUAUUCAUGUUUUCUUUUAGGUACAAUGGAGAGUUCUUCUCUGGAAAUUGACUUACUUGAUACCAAUGAAGAAGGAAAACUUUAUGUGGUUGAUUCCUUAAACAACCUAAACAAACUGCAUCUAUGUUCUGAUGGAUCGCAACACCUGCUGACAGCCCAGGAGGAAGAGAACACUGGCGGUUUGAUGACAUGGAGCAGCAUAAGUUGCCAACAUUUUUUCUUCGUCACACUGAUCAUUAUUUUGAUUGUCAGUUUGGCACUUGUUUCAUUUGUAAUAUUCUUAACAAUUCACACUGGCAACAAGAUGGAUGAAAUAUCAAACAGACUAGCAUUUGAAAGGAAGAACACAGAAGAUCUUAAGAAUAUAAACAAUAUGAUAUUAAAGCAUCUAAACCAAUCAGGAAUUAUGGAGAAGGAAGAAAAUCUCUUCACAGAUCAAAAACCACCCACUCCUUACCUUCGUAACUAUUUAUUUCCCGGUUCAAAGCUGGAAGCAACAGUGCAGUAGAUCCCCUGUGCAAUGAAAACUAUUCUCUCAGUUUAUUCAUUUGCUUUCAACUCUGCUCCUACGUAACCAGGUGGGUUAUUUAAUUAUUCAGAUUUAGCAGGUGCCAUAACAACACUUGAAAAGCAACCUGAAGAGAAUGGAGCCAUUAACACUGCACAGAUUUACAUCCACCUAGCUUGAAUAUAUGGAUGUUACAAAUGUUUAGCUCUGGCAUUUGACUCUGCAAUGCUUCACUACGGCCCCGUUCCUGCAAAUAACUCUAUGUGAGCAAAGUAUCUUGCAGGAUCUGGGCCCAAAUUUCUAAUAGCUUCUAAAUUUAACACAGAAAAUAGUUCCUGAUCCUGGUUUAUAUGUGUAAAGUUUUGCAGGAUUGGGCUAGUAGGCUUGGCUCCUGGAAUUUACAAUGAAUGGAGUGAACUGUCAAUGGGUCUCCACGUGGUCGCAGGGUCAGGGCCUCUAGGUUUUACUACCCACAAAAGCAAAUGGCUGUUUUUCUAUUAGAGAACAAUUCAGUUUUCAGUGAGAAGUGGUUCAACUCAGAUCCUGUUCAGUGGGUCUUUUUAUCCGGAGUAAGUUCUACAUUUGCUUGUAUAUUGUUUGUAUUGAGAGGAUGACAACUUCUAAAAUAUACCUGAUUCUGCCACACGGCCUGAUGUUUUACUACAGCUUCACUAAAAAUAUCAACAUGCUGCU